AUGCGUCAAUUAUGGAAUCGCGAGUAUAUGGGAAAUGAUAGAUAUAAAUUUUAUAAUAUUUACGAUCAGAGUAUAGUUUUAAAAUCUAUAGAAUAUUGGGGAGUUGAAGAAAUUGGAGAACUUUAUCCUUCAGAAGAUUCUGAUAAUAUAAAUCAAUUUUUUGAAUUAGAACAACCAGAAUUUGAUGAUGAAUAA